AUCCUAUUGAAAUGAGUUUUUUUGUUGCAAGAGCAAUGGCUGGCGGCAAUCGCCGCUUAGAUAUAAUUGCAUAUUUGUACUCACAAAGGACUCUCCUCAUACGGGCAAUGUAUGAUACAUGUAGAAACGACGACCAAAGUCACAACAGGGAACUGUUUAAACUACUAUUUGAGGGUUUGCAGGCACAAACGGACGAGCUGGAGAGCACACAAGCAAAACUACUACAAAGGCGUUGGGAUUCACUUACAGAACUACGGAAGUAGGUUGGCUGUUAUAUCAACACAGGAUAAGACGCUUCCAUAUAUUGCCGGGUAUGCUGUGUACAAAUUGUUCAACAAUUUUCCCGUUGGUUGCGAUGAUUGCCAAAAUGUUGCGAGCAUGGGUAAAGGACUCGAGGAAGAUGAGCAAAUUCUUGCUGAAUACUCUUGUGCAUUGAGAGCUCAACCUGACAGAAAGGGCUUGACAUGGCCUUUGCGCUCAGUAGUUGUUAUGACAGGUUUAUUACUCGAUAUUGUUGAGUGUAUUAUCAACAGCAAAGUUCUACUGAAGCAAUUUAACGAAUCUACUAGCGCAAGCAGGGUCGGUCUCGGAGUCAUUCGCGUACUUAUUUCACAUAGAGUAGAUACUUGUGGAGCACUUCAAUCACUGAAACAGUUGUGCACUACAUGCAGCAAGGACAGGAGUCUCACCAUUGUACCCCACCUUCUAAAUACGCUGUACAACAUCGUAUGUAAUAACAUGUCACUGGUAUUAAAUAUAAAGAGCGCGGCAACUAUCGUAACGUUGAGUAUGGUUAAGACCAACAAAAAAGAAAGGACAACCAACAUCGUUGAUCAGCACUGAACAUUCAACGCAUGCCAUUGACAACUCGGGUAAGUGGACUUCGAAAAAGUGCAAUG